CAGGGUCACAUGGUUGAGGAAAUAUUUGGUUCUUCCACCUAACAAAUUUCAAUUAGUGAGUUGUAAGACUACAACAAUGUGCUCUGGGAGAUUCGCUAAGUGUUUGGGGAUCAGUCUGAUGCCCCUGGCAAUUGUGUGUGUGCUGUGCAACAUCCUUCUCUUCUUUCCUGGUGGGAACACUGUGGAAAGUGAAAAUAUCACAGAGGAGGUGUGGUACGUUGGAGGAAUUUUCGGCUCUGGAGUUUUGAUGAUCUUCCCAGCCCUGGUCUUCCUGGGUCUGAAGAACAACGACUGUUGCGGUUGCUGUGGCAAUGAAAGCUGCGGAAGGAGAUUUGCGAUGCUGAGUUCCAUACUGUUUGCAGCUGUGGGUCUUGUAGGAGCUGGUUACUCCGUCAUAAUUUCAGCUGUUGCCAUAAACCACGGACCCCAAUGUCUGGCUGAAGUAAACAGCACAUUUGUGUGGACGUAUCCCUUCACCAAUGGUGACUACCUGACUGACUCAACCAUAUGGUCAAAAUGUAUCGAGCCCACUGGUGUGGUGUCAUGGCAUCUCUCCCUGUUCUCUGUUCUGCUGGUCAUGGGUUUAUUGCAGAUGGUGCUGUGUGCUGUGCAGGUGCUAAACGGGCUACUGGGAGCUCUGUGUGGGGACUGCUGUGGCUGUUGUGGCGGGAAUGAUGGAGCUGUGUGA